AAUCACUCGCGUGUAAAGUAUGUAAAUAUACCUGGUGAAAAGAGAAAUCUGUAGCUCCUUAACCUGUGAACUUCACCCCAGACAGACUCGCACUGUGGGGUUCAAACCCUGCAAGGGACCUCAUAUCUCGCGUCUUUCCGUCUUCGCUGCGAAGUCAGCGGUGGCUGGGUGCUCUGCAAUCCAAGAUGCUCCUGCAGCGCCGUGAAGGACAGUUUCUGGACAGUCCUGCCGUGAAAGUCAGUCACUGCGACGGGAUAAGGCGAAGAAAGGGAUAUUCUGUUCUAACUGCCUGCGAGUGUCGAACACAUGUGCUUAGCUCGCAACAUACAUUCAAAACGACCCUUUGCCACAAACACGUACUGUAUGGAGCCACACUGGAACAUGCGCACCCGUGCUGACGCCCGUGUCCGAGCCCAAGAAGAAUGAUCAGAUCUGGGUCGGACCUUGGUGAUGCGAAGUUCUCUUCAGUGCUUGUGGGUCUUGCUGGAAAAGCGCAGUUAAAUGGGCGGAAGAUCAGCGUGCUGGCUAAAAUGCAGUCGGAAUUCUUGAAGUCUAUCGUGCAAUUGGCAUUGCACUCAGAACACGCAGACUGGAAGCACAGCUUGCUGCGUGGGUUUAAACAUGCAACACAACACUUAAGGGCAAGACUGAUAUUCAGUGUGUUUUCCUUUCACGCUUGUGAUGGGAUUGGAAGAGCGCAGAUGUAGUCUGGUCCAGGUCUGAAGGUGUAGUUUCUCAAGAGCCUAUUGAAACCGACUGUUAGGACAAACGUUGCUUUCUCAGUAGUUCGUUUCGAUACCGCGCUUUUAACUUUCGCUUGGGCAGCGUCAGUGUCCGGCUUUGAGAUUCGCUUCAGAUGGCAACAGCUGCAGUCCUGUCGCCCGUGGUGCUCAAUGGCCCGGACCCCGGCGCGGGACCGCCCGCACGUGCUGAAGCUGCUCCUCGCGUGCUCGCUCCUGAUUUUCAUACAAGCAGAAGAUCCUCAGGACUGCCGGGAACAGGAGUUCAGGGACAAGUCUGGGACGUGUGUGACCUGUGUCCAGUGCGACGCGGGACAGGAGCUGUCAAAGGAAUGUGGCUUCGGCUACGGGGAGGACGCCCAGUGUGUUCCGUGCCGGCCGAACCGCUUCAAGGAGGACCGGGGCCUGCAGAAGUGUAAGCCCUGCCUGGACUGCGCCCUGCUCAACCGCUACCUGAAGGCCAACUGCAGCACCACCAGCAACGCCAUGUGUGGGGACUGCCUGCCGGGGUUCUACAGGAAGACGAAGCUGAGUGGGUUCCAGGAUAUGGAGUGCACGCCCUGUGGGGACCCUCCGCCCCCCUAUGAGCCUCACUGCAGCAGCCGCGUGAACCUGGUGCGGAUCUCCUCCCCGGCGUCCAGCCCGCGCGACACCGCCCUGGCUGCCGUCAUCUGCAGCGCCCUGGCCGCCGUCCUGCUGGCCCUGCUCACUCUCUGCGCCAUCUACUGCAAGAAGCAGCUGCUGCAGAAGAAGCCCAGCUGGACGUCAAGAGCCCCGGAAGCCCCCUGCAGUGGCGCGGAGCUGUCGUGCUUCGAGAGGCAGCAGGGCCCCGAGUUUUCUCUGCGAAGCUGCUGCCACUGCCACCAGGACACGGCUCAGGCACGCGGUCCCGUUCACCUGAUCCCAUCCCUGUGGUGCGAGGAGACCUGCAGUCUGGGCUGCAGCAGCGACACCUGUCCCUUCCAUUCCCAGAACACGCUGGAUGUAGGGAACGUGGAUUCUGUGGAAGAGCAUGUCCCAGCCUCCCCGAGAGCCCGGAGCCGCUCUCCCGCCAGAGGGCGUGCGGACGCGUGGCCGCUGAGGCGCGGCUCGGCCGCCAGCGACAGCCUCAACCUGUCCCGGGCCAGCCUGCAGGACGCAGAAAGGAACGAGGAGACCAUAGAGGCAGGAUUCGCCCUGGCAGGAGCGCCCCCUGCAGGCUGGCGGUUCGGCGUGCCCCUGGACUCUCCAGCCGGGGAAGGGGGGCCCGUGCCAGAGCGCGGAGUUUGAGGGGCUGAUAUCAGAGAGAGGCCUGGCGAAGAAGAUGCAGUGAGACCCAGUUUUAGGUCGGCCUGCCAGUGCAUGAACCCUUUCAGAGGAAAGCAAGGGGCACAGUCUUCUCAGGCCCUUGAGCUCUGCAGCCUUCCUCACGCCAUCUGAAGAGACUCUGUAAAUACACACAAAGGAAUGAGCUUCCCUGUGACCCUGCAGGAGUCAUGACUGAAAUACUGAAGGGCCAAUGGCUGGUCAGGGCAAGGGACCAGCCCAAAUAAAGUGCAAUGAAGUUGAAAGGAGACUGUUUGCUUUGUGCCAGUGGUGCAACCCUUGCUAAGUCAAUAGAAGAAAGCUGUUAUUCUGUAUUUGAUGUUCGAGCAUGAGAAUGUUCCACACCUAGUCCACUUGAUUGCUUGGGUAGGAAAGUUGUCUGGGACAUUUUUCAAUGGGCAGUUGAAUGUGUUAUGUUACACGCUUUGUUAAAAGUGAAUAAAUCAAAACGGCUCUUGAAAGGAUGAAAAGACCCAGCUCGCAUAAUAAUCUUCUCCAGCAAGCUAAUGCACUGAAGCUUAAGAAAAAUACUGGAGGUGGAAGGGCCACUGGGGAACGUUUGCAUACGGUACACAUCUGUUUUAUUGUAGAUAUUGUAAUAUAGAAAAUAGAUGGUCAAUAUUUUUGUAAUGCAGAGUUCAGUGCCCAGUACAACCUACAGGUCUUGUUAUCUGCUCAUAAGUAGUGAAAGUGUUUGGCUUGUGUACACCUUUUCAAUGAAUCUACACACUUUGUGCAUUUUUCAAUAAAGUCUGCAAACCAUGAA